GCCAAAUACAAAGACAAGAUCUUCCUAACAACAAGUGAUUCUUCUCCAAGCUGUGUCCUGAUUGGUUGGUGUGACAUUUCCUGUUUCUGUCAACCUAAACAUGGACAAACACAGACUGCACUCUCUGCUUCUGCUCUUACUUCUUCGACACACAGAGGUGACUGCAGAUGGAAAAUACUUCCACAUUCUGAAGACGUGUCAGUUCAUCGAGGAGGGCUCGCAGUUUGAUGUGCAGUAUCAGAUUCGGUACCAGUACAAUGGCCGCCUGCAGGCGCUGUACAACAGCUCUACAGAGAAGGUGGUUGGAUUCACAGAGUACGGAAACAUGUUUGCAGAUGAAGUUAAUAAAGAUCCUCAAUACCUGAAGGUCAGGAGAAAUGACCUGAACUACUACUGCAAAAUCUACGCUGCUCUGAUAUACAAAGACAUACAAGGGAAAGCAGUGCCUCCUGUCACCAGGCUGAAGUCAGUGAAGUCCGGUAGCAGCGGAGACUCUGAGGUUUUGGUCUGCAGUGCCUACAACUUCUACCCACAGCAGAUCAAACUGUCCUGGCUGAGAGAUGGCGUCGUCAUACCAGACACCCCAAGCAUGGUGACCACAGAGAUGCCUGGCGGUGCCUGGCGCUACCAGGUCCACUCCCAUCUGGAACGCUCCCCGGACACAGGGCAAGACAUCCGCUGCAUGGUGGAGCACGUCGGGCUGCAGGAGCCUCAGCUGCUGCAACUGGACCAGUCUGAGCUGGAGUCCCAGGUGUCCUGGCCACUGGGUGGAUCCUUUCUGGGAGUCGGAGUGACUGUUCUGCUCUGUGCGACAGGAUUCUGCUGGUGGAAGACACACUGAGCUGAGAGCACCAGACAGAAUAUACUAGUCCUGGAAACAGAUAUUUCUCUAGAAACUGCUGUAGAUGUUUCACAUUUAAAACUAAAGCAACAGACUGGUUUAUAUGUUCAUUAGCCAGACGUAUCUCCACAGCGCUGUGCCAGUGCUGGAGAAAGGUCUGGCUGCACCCACUUUCAAUUCUGCUAUAGGGGAAGAAACACUCUGGCUUGUUUGUAUUUCUUUAAGCCAAUCACAACCGUCCUGGGUGGCACUAAGCUCAGGAUGCAGCGAUGGUGGUGCCCUCGCAAAAUAGUGACACGGGGAACUUUUUUGAGCCCUGGCAUUAAAAUGGCUAAAUCCCUGCAAAUGAAAAGGCCACAUAAAACAGUAAAAGAUGUAUGUCGACUAUGUUAUAAGACUUUUACUGAUAAACAAAGACAACCAUAACUCUCUAUUUUCAGUGUGUAGGUUGUUGUUGUUGUUGUUGUUUCAUGUAACGUUGGACAUUUUGAAAACAGUAACACACAGAUAUCAGAAGGGGAGAAUGCCGCCUGAAAUAAAUCGUCAAUGGCAGGCUUAUACCCGCAGUCUACAUCCAGACAGUCAGGCUACAUGUUCAUUAGACUUUUACAAGAAUAAACUGUUUAUGUGUUCAGUAAACUCACUCCUUUAUGUCUGAAGUGUCUGAAUUGAACAAACAGUCAAAUGUUCAGUGAUCUAGUCUGUAACUUCACAUAUACUUCAAAUAAAUAUU